AUGUCUUCCUUCGUUUCCAAGAUCUUCACUGGUGUCAUUGCCUUCACUGCCGGGUUGACUCAAGAGCAAACUAAUGGUGUGUCCAAGUGGGGCACAUUCGAUGCACCGAAGCUCGCAAAGUACAUAGAUAGAGGCAACGGAGUUCCAUGGGCGGGCAAGACUUGUACAAAUGCAAAUCCCUACACAGAAGCUCCCGAUACAGGAGUGACGGUCAAGUACGACUUCACGAUCGAGCGACACCCGUUGUCCCCGGACGGCUACAAGAAAGAUGUCCUACUCGUAAACGGACAGUUCCCCGGCCCACUUAUUGAAGCCAACUGGGGAGAUAUGAUCGAAUUAACUGUACAUAAUCAAAUCAGCGGUCCGGAGGAAGGGACGCAGAUCCACAUGCACGGCUUUACGCAAAAGGGCACUCCUCAGAUGGACGGCGUUCCCUCUGUUUCGAGUUGUCCGAUAGCACCCAACGACACGUUCGUAUACUCGUUCAGGGCGGAUCUUUAUGGAACGGGAUGGUAUCAUUCCCACUACUCGGGCCAGAAUGUAGGCGGCCUGGUUGGUCCUGUAGUCGUCCAUGGCCCAAGUGCCCUCGACUACGAUAUCGACCUCGGCCCCGUUCUGUUGAGCGACUGGUAUCACGAGGAUUACUUGACACUCAUCGAUGGCGUCGUCGGCACAGACCCCAGUCGCUGGAGCCCGCUCGCCGACAACAACAUGAUCAACGGCAAGAUGGACUACGACUGCUCUCUCGUCACCGAUGGAACCCCUUGUGUCGCCAACGCCGGCCUUGCCAAGUUCAACUUCACCAAAGGUGCCACACACCGUCUUCGGCUCAUCAACGGCGGCGCUGCCUCUCUCCAGCACUUCAGCAUCGAUGGCCACGAGAUGACCGUCAUCGCAAACGACUUUGUCGCCAUCGAGCCCUACCAGACGAACGUCGUCACCCUCGCGGCCGGCCAACGAAGCGACGUCCUCGUCACCGCAAACAUGUCCACCAACGGCGCCUACUGGAUGCGCAGCACCAUAGCCAGCUCCGACUCGUGCGCCUUCUCAAAGCAACCCACCGCCCUCGCCGCCAUCUACUACGACGGCGCCAACAACACCAACACCCGCCCCAACACCACCGCCUGGCCCCUCCCCGGCACCUGCGACAACGACCCCCUCGACCAAACCGUCCCCCUGUACCCCAUCCCCGCCGACCCGCACCCCUCCACCACCCUCGAAACCGACUUCAGCUUCACCGUCAACGCCACCGGCCACCCCGUCUGGACCGUCAACGACCGCGGCUUCCACGGCGACUACAACGCCCCCGUCCUCGCCCUCGUCGCCAGCGGCAACACCACCACCAGCAGCACCUCCUCCUUCCGCCCCGAAUGGAACGUCUACAACGUCGGCGGCAGCGGCACCGCCACCAGUACCACGUCCGCCGCGCGCGUCGUCAUGCACAACAACUCCAGCAUGUCGCACCCGAUGCACCUGCACGGCCACAACGCGCAGAUCCUCGCAUCCGGGCCGGGGACGUGGGACGGACACACCGUCGACAAUCCACAGAACCCCCCGCGCCGCGACGUCUACCAGCUCCCGCCCGACGGCCACCUCGUCAUCCAGUUCGCGCUGGACAACCCGGGGGUGUGGCCGCUGCACUGCCACAUCUCGUGGCACCUGUCUGCGGGCAUGUUCGCGAGCCUGGUGGAGAGGGCGGGGGAGAUUGCUGGGGUGGUGGGGAGGAGUGGUGGUGCGGGGGGGUUGGAGGGGGUGAGGGGUGUGUGUGCGGGGUGGGAUGCUUGGUCGAGGGGGAAUGUGGUGGGGCAGGUGGAUAGUGGGGUUUGA